AUGUCUGGUGAUGUUGCUCCUCCUGCAUUGCCUUCCCGUACUCCAAGGACACCAAGGGCACCACAGUUUCGCGGGACGGUUGGAGCGCCACAGGCGUAUGGGGAGGGUGUAGUUGAUAUGUCCGGAACGGAGUAUGAUGCGGCACCUGAUUCUUAUUUUGCGAGACCUACUGGGCCCAGGGCGCCACAGCUGGAUACUCGGGAAGAGGACGAGCCUGGUCAGGGAAAGCAGCAGGAGCAGCAGUCGAUUGCGGCUAGUGGAGGAGUGGCUGCAGGGAUACUGGAGAAGGACGAUAUUCAGUCGUACUAUCAGCCUCCAGUGUUCCCUAACAAGCAAGGAGAGAAACCUUUGCAGGACGUGAAGCAGCCCGUUCAGGAACAAUAUCAACAACAACAGCCUGAUCCAUAUUACCAAUCGCAGCAACAUUCAGCGCCAGUGGUCUACCGGCCGCCUGCAGCACCCCAGUUCUCGCCGCAAGUUGACCAACACCAGCAGCUUCAUUCAAUAUCAUCCGUCGUUAAUCCGGUCUCAUCUCCAGCUAUGGGGUACGCAGAAACGCCUGCGAUGUACCACCCCCUUCCUACUUCGUCCUACCCACCGCCUGCCGCUGCACCCUCGCCGGCGUUGAGUCAUUACCCUCCACCUAGCACCGCACCCAUGUUCUCCCCUGCAGCUGUAGUCCGACCCUUACCAACUGCACCACUUCAUCAUAGCGGUAGUGUGUCUAUGCCGGUACCCAUGCCGAUGCCAGAACCCAGCAAGCUUCCCAUGUCACCAUCCGCACCCGAACAUACCACAAUGGCGCCAACACCUAUUAUUCCACAAGCAACAAUACCAGGAGGACCAGGACUGGUGACAAACUUCAAGUGUAAGGAAUGUGGAGGACUUUUAGAUUCCGAGUUCGCGGUCUGUACACGAUUACAUACCCCGUUGACGGCAUACGCAGCUCCACAGAUUGGGUACUCGACUCGACCGGAUUCUCAUCUCGAUGGACAGCACCCUGUUCCUCCUGUUCCGCAGCACCAUCAACCCCCACAUGGUUAUUACCCGCAGCCUCAGCAACCGCAACAGCACCAUGGAUACUACCCUCAGCCUCAACAACACCAUCACCAUCCUCAUAACCCUUAUCCUCAACAGCAACCAGUUUACAGCGGGUACGCGCACCAUUACCCCCAACCAACAGUCGUAGCAGCAGUAGCUGCCCACCCGAGCAACAACCAUGGAACAGACGAUGCAUACUACAGACGGCCACUCACCAAUGGAUUCAAGAAACUAUUCGGAGUCUCCACUCAGUCUUAUGGAUACAACCAUCAGAUCGUUUCCCCCAUGCCUGUGGCCCCGGCGGUACAGCCUGUACAUCAUAUUAUGCCGAGCCCUCAGGGACAAACGGGAACUUUUGUCCCCUUGGCCGGCCCUCCUCCCCCCCAACCUCAGCAUCAUCAUCAGCCAUACUAUCAGCAGCAGCAACAGUAUCCAUCGGCGCCCUAUCCUCCAGAUCACCAUCAGGGGAUGAUGUCGCCUGUUGCUGGGUUCCAACAACCGCCUUACGCGAUGCCCGGAGUUGUAAAGGAUGGAUAUGGAUAUGGAGGUGCUGGGGCUGGGCUUAUGAGGUCUGCUAAUUCUACUCAACCUCCUUCUACUUGA